UUGUAAAAUCAGUUAAUUGCGUUUUAAAUAUCUCUUUUCGGACCGUUCGUUGAGUGUGGAAGAUGGAAGUCGACGAAACGAACGAACCUCGUGGUAGUCCGUUCGAUCCGGACAGUUUGGUCGAAUACGACCCAGAGGUUUUACCAGCGGCGGCGGCCACCAAUAGCUCCGUUGCGGUUCGUUCAGAAACCCCACCGGCAAUCCCGUUGGAAGAAACGCCGCUGGUGCGAUGCCGUGCUUGUGGUGCUAUGUUUCACACUCGCAACGAAGUCUCACGCCACGUACUGGACACGCACGUUUCGCAGUCCACUGCUCCGCAACCGGUAGUGGUGCUGCUCGUUACCGAAAAGGAGGCCCGUUCCAUGGCGUGGAGAACUCCGGAUCCAAGGCGAACGUACGUGUGUGGCAGCUGCCGCAGCUACGUUGGCUAUACGCUGCUCGAAAUACAGCGCCACAUGCGGGCUCACGUGUGUAAGGACGAUAAGCCGCCUCCGUACGAUUCCGUCGUUCCGCCGUCGGUAGACGAAGCCGAUACGGACGUGCCCUCCUCCUCGUCGGCCGCCGCUCGUUCGUACAGCAGUACGUCCUCGUCCGACGACGACGACCCGGACGGGGACAGACAGGUAAAGACGAUCGGAAAGUCUUUCCGCCGAGUUCUCUCCCAAGCAAGGCACACCCCACCCGAUGCCGCUAAGCCCGACGUCGUCCGGUAUCUGCGUGCGACGACGAUGAAAUCGUUGAUGGCCAAGACAAAAGCGGAAGCGAGGUACAAGUGCUCACGCAAAGGCUGUCCGUAUCGAUUCGCGUCCCUCGUCAAUCGCGAUCAGCAUCUCCGGUGCCACGCGAACGACGUGACGACGGUCUCCGCGGACGGUGGCUCUCCGAGGGCCGGGUCCCACAACGGCAAGCGACAGCGGUUCGGAUUCAAGUGCUUUCAGUGCGACCAAAAGUACGAAAGCUGGAAGAAGUGUAUGACCCACCUGUGGAACGAUCACCGCACCGACCUGGGCAUGUCCCGGUGUAAGCUGUGCGACAAGCGGUUCAACAACGUAGUUCACCUGUACCAGCACCUGCAAACACACCGACCGAAGGAGCUCCGUUACAUCGGCUGCCGCUUCUGUGACCUACUGUUUGCCAAUCGGGCCCAGCGUUCCGUGCACGAAGCUUUGCACCGCAAACCCCCUACAGCGGCAGUGGCCACGGCGACGGCGACGGCAACGGCACGGAAUCGACGACCGAAACAGAUCGUUCCAUCGACGGCCGCCGACGCGGGUACUGGCCAGUGUUCAAACGGUGGCGAACGCUUUGCCGUUCCCCCCGCAGAACCGGAGAAACCUCGCUGGUACUACGAACAGCAGUGCAGCAUUUGCCAUCACAUGUUUUCGAACGCCAAAAUCCUCUCGAAACACAUCAAAACGGUCCACCACAAGAUAAAGCCGUUCAUCUGCAACGUCUGCGGGUACAAGUCGGCCCGAAAGUAUACGCUCAACAUUCACAUGCGUCAGCACUCGGGCCAGAAACCGCUGGCGUGUAAAAGCUGCCCGUUCCGGGCGGCCGACCCGAGCGUGAUGCACUAUCACGAACGACGGCACCGGGAAGAGAGGAUGUACCAGUGUCGCAGUUGCGGGUACACCACGGUCCAACCGAGCGCACUGAAGCCCCACAUCAUGGUGCACCACCCGCGCGAGUACGAGCGUAUCAAGUGCAAGCUGUGCGCCUUCACGUCGGUCAAUCCCGAGAAGCUGAAGCGCCACUGUGCGGAUCACGAGGCGGGACUGAUCGCGGGGCCCGAGGAAGAUUCGCGCGAGGCCGAUAACGGCGCCAGCUUGCCGGCGGAAUCCAAGCGGCCGCCCAAGAGUGUGCUCGAAAUCUCUUCCGACUGCUUUCUGCCGCUGGAGAGCGUCGAUUCGGUGGUGCACGAUGCCGGUGGCAUCACGAUACCGGCGGCGGCCGUUAUCAGCGUGCCCACCACUCACUCGGAGGAUACCCAAUUCCCCGCCUAAGUCGAAAAAUGU